AUGAGCACAUCUCAAGAACAGCAGCAGCCGAGAAGGCAAAGUCCGAGAUUCUCUGGCGACCAGUACACAGCAACUUGGGUGCGUGGUGAAGGUUCCGAUCGUGCUGGUUGGUGUGGCGUGUGCUCGUCCUGUUGUGCCACCGGCAAACCUUUCAACGACCCGGACGACUGGCGGCGCGCUCAUGGCGCUAUCGGCUACGAAGCACUUUGCGGCGGAUGCUCUCAGUGGGUAUACGUCGGUCGUAGCGAGCGCUGGCAUACGCCAUACUACCGGCAUGCCUACAAAUGUUUGAUGAGAAACAAGCCUCUCAUCGAUCGAUCCCGCUCCAUUGGCAAAAGCACCUCGCCACGAAAGCCGCAGAUCAAGCACCUCAAAUCGCUUUGA